AUGGAUGACAUUGAUUUGAUCAACUCAGUCAUUAAGGGUGUUACUGCCAGCAGGGAUACUGCACCGUCAGCUGCCCUGAAACAAUCCAUAGCCAAAAUAGCUGUAAGGGAGACUCCAAUUAAACUCCCUCUUAUCUUCCUGAGGAAAAAUUCUAAGCUGAGACAUGUAGAGAAAGAUGUUUUGAUUCCACAAAUAAUGAGGGAUCGAGCCAAGGAGCUGUGUUCAGAUAAAGUGCAAGCAUUUACUAAAUGCUGUCAAGAAACUGGUCUUCUUAUGGUGGUGAAGUGUCGGCAAGAGAACACAGCACUGAAAGAUUGUCUGGUUGGCUACUAUUCUGAUCCAUUAUUCUAUGAAGAAUGCAAAACAGAAUAUUUGAAGCAAAGAGAAGAAUACAGAGCAACUGGAAUUAAGAAAAAAAGACAGAAGAUUACUUCAAAUGUGUAG